UCAUUAACGGCGGCUCAGAGGAAGCCAUUUUGGAUGUGGUCGUAUUGAGUGUUUGCCCUCUUCAUAAGUGUGUAAAGACGUGGAGAACCUCAUCUGCCAUCAGUGUAACCGCAAUACCGUAAAUAAGCUAUGUCUAUUAUGCAUCGGUGAAGGGCCGAAUUAUAGCGAAGCGAAGGAGCUUUGCCCUUAACAAAUAUGGCGGUGUCUGUUCGACCCUUGCUACUUCGCGUCUGCGGCGGAGAAAGCCGAGUGCUCCCGAAGGUCUGAGAGACAUGGCGCUGACCAGAAGAGGAAAGGGCUCGCUGGUUCGAUCAUCGGUCCCUCUGCAAAUCCUUCUUUACAUCAAUGUUGUGUAUUAUGUUUUCUAUUUUGUAGCAACACUGCUUAUGAUAAUUUAUAAAAGUCAGGUCUUUAGUUAUCCCGAUUCUAAUUUAGCAUUAGAUCUUGGUCUGCUCUUCUUUAUGGCAAUUCUGGAAUCUGUGAGGCUUUACUUGGGAACAAUGGGAAACUUGACAGAAGGAGAGCUGCCCUUGGGAUCCAGCCUUUUCUUCACUGUUGGCAAUGUCAUGCUGUCUGUAUACUUUCUGAUCUGGGAGACGUAUAUCCUAAGAGCAGAUGUAAUUAUUAAUGCUAUCCUACUGAUCCUAUAUGGGCUGGAAGCAAUCCUAGAGUUGUUCACAAUCGCAUCAUUCUUCCGUUAAAGCAAAUUCUUCUAUCAAUUUAUUCCGUUGUUUUAAAAGGAAAGAGAAUUUUUCAGAUCAUGGUUAAAGGGGUAUUCCAGGAAAAAACUUAUAUAUAUAUAUCAACUGGCACCUGAAAG